CAUUCACAAUCCCAGUGUUUACCAUGUGUGUAUCUGAAGUGAACCAGACGCUGCAGCUCCUUCCCCUCUCACUGGGCUGCAGAGGAGGAAAUGGAUGGGUUUGAAGGCUCUUUGUGCCUCUCUCCCCUGAGCAACAAGAGCAAAGGGUGUUUGCAGGGCAGGAGGGCAGAGGAGGGGGCAGAGGGAGCAGUGGGCGGAUCCCCCGCCUCUCCCAGGGGGUCCAGAUGCAAGCAAGGGGCUUCCUUCUUCUCCAUGCAAGGGCCACCCAUGUAUUCAGAGCAGUCCUUUGCAGAUUAACUCUUAAGUUCCAAGGGAUCUACUCUCAGGCCACUAAUGUGCAUACCAUGCCAGCCUUAGGAAGGGAGGUGGGACAGGCAGGUGAAAGGAAUUGCCAAAGGUGUUUGAAAAUGGGUGGGGGCUCUUGGGAAGGGGGUGCCCAAUUGGGGCUUCUCCAGGGGCAGCAGAAUGUCUUGGGCAGGAGAAUCCCUGCAGGGGCUCUCAGACUCCCUUGGCUUCUUCUUCCCUCCCUCCCAGGAAGCUGCAACUUGCUCUGGAUUCUGCGCUCCUCAGGAAGCUGAACCUGCAAACCUAGCUGAGACUGAACCUGCAACCCUGGCCAGGAUGGAAGGAGGAAGAUGGACGGUUGACCUGGUCAGGCUGUCUCCCGCAUCCCUCCCCACAACCUCUGAGCAUUCCCUCCCAGGACCCUUGGAGAAAUCUGGUGAGGAAGAUGAUGGCCAGAAUUCUAUGGAGCCAUCUGUGAAUUCAUUGGGGAGAUCAAAGAAACAGUUUAAAUGCAUGGAAUGUGGGAUGUGCUUUAGUCACAGUGGAAGACUGAGGACACAUCAACGAAUUCACAUAGAGGAGAAACCAUUUAAAUGUACUGACUAUCAAAAGAGAUUCAGGGACAAUGGAACACUUAGAAAACAUCAACGAACUCACACAGGGGAUAAACCAUUUGAAUGUAUUGAAUGUGGAAAGUGCUUCAGUCGAAAUGGAAAGCUUAGAAGACAUCAACGAACUCACACGGGGGAGAAACCAUUUGAAUGUAUUGAAUGUGGAAAGAGCUUCAGUCGAAAUGGAACACUUAGAAUACACCAACGAACUCACACAGGGGAGACACCAUUUAAAUGUAUGGAAUGUGGAAAGUGCUUCAGUCAAAAUGGAACACUUAGAAUACACCAACGAACUCACACAGGGGAGAAACCAUUUAAAUGUAUAGAAUGUGGAAAGAGCUUCAGUCAAAAUGGAAACCUUAGAAAACACCAACAAACUCACACGGGGGAGAAACCAUUUAAAUGUAUUGAAUGUGGAAAGAGCUUCAGUCGAAAUGGAACACUUAGAAUACACCAACAAACUCACACAGGGGAGAAACCAUUUAAAUGUAUAGAAUGUGGAAAGAGCUUCAGUCGAAAUGGAAACCUUAGAAUACACCAACAAACUCACACGGGGGAGAAACCAUUUAAAUGUAUUGAAUGUGGAAAGAGCUUCAGUCGAAAUGGAACACUUAGAAUACACCAACAAACUCACACAGGGGAGAAACCAUUUAAAUGUAUUGAAUGUGGAAAUAGCUUCAGUAGAAGUGAACACCUUAGAAUACACCAACGAACUCACACGGGGGAGAAACCAUUUAAAUGUAUUGAAUGUGGAAAGAGCUUCAGUGGAAGUGGAGACCUUAGAAAACAUCAACGAACUCACACGGGGGAUACUCCAUUUAAAUGUAUUGAAUGUGGAAAGUGCUUCAGUCAAAAUGGAACACUUAGAUUACACCAACGAACUCACACAGGGGAGAAACCAUUUAAAUGUAUUGAAUGUGGAAAUAGCUUCAGUAGAAGUGAAAACCUUAGAAGACAUCAACGAACUCACACGGGGGAGAAACCAUUUGAAUGUAUUGAAUGUGGAAAGAGCUUCAAUGAUAGUGGAAACCUUAGACAACAUCAACAAACUCACAUGGGGGAGAAACCAUUUAAAUGUAUGGAAUGUGGAAAGUGCUUCAGUCAAAAUGGAACACUUAGAAUACACCAACGAACUCACACAGGGGAGAAACCAUUUAAAUGUAUUGAAUGUGGAAAUAGCUUCAGUAGAAGUGAAAACCUUAGAAUACACCAACGAACUCACACGGGGGAGAAACCAUUUGAAUGUAUUGAAUGUGGAAAGAGCUUCAGUGGAAGUGGAAACCUUAGAAAACAUCAACGAACUCACAAGGGGGAAAACCAUUUGAAUGUAUUGAAUGUGGAAAGAGCUUUAGUCAAUAUGUACACCUUAGAAAACACGAAGGAACUCACACGGCGGAGAAACCAUUUAAAUGUAUUGAAUGUGGAAAUAGCUUCAGUAGAAGUGAACACCUUAGAAUACACCAACGAACUCACACGGGGAGAAACCAUUUAAAUGUAUUGAAUGUGGAAAGUGCUUCAGUCAAAAUGGAACACUUAGAUUACACCAACGAACUCACACGGCGGAGAAACCAUUUAAAUGUAUUGAAUGUGGAAAUAGCUUCAGUAGAAGUGAACACCUUAGAAUACACCAACGAACUCACACGGGGAGAAACCAUUUAAAUGUAUUGAAUGUGGAAAGUGCUUCAGUCAAAAUGGAACACUUAGAUUACACCAACGAACUCACACGGGGGAGAAACCAUUUAAAUGUAUUGAAUGUGGAAAGUGCUUCAGUGGAAGUGGAAACCUUAGAAAACAUCAACGAACUCACAAGGGGGAGAAACCAUUUAAAUGUAUAGAAUGUGGAAAGAGCUUCAGUGGAAGUGGAAACCUUAGAAAACAUCAACGAACUCACAAGGGGGAAAACCAUUUGAAUGUAUUGAAUGUGGAAAGAGCUUUAGUCAAUAUGUACACCUUAGAAAACACGAAGGAACUCACACGGCGGAGAAACCAUUUAAAUGUAUUGAAUGUGGAAAUAGCUUCAGUAGAAGUGAACACCUUAGAAUACACCAACGAACUCACACGGGGAGAAACCAUUUAAAUGUAUUGAAUGUGGAAAGUGCUUCAGUCAAAAUGGAACACUUAGAUUACACCAACGAACUCACAUGGGGGAGAAACCAUUUAAAUGUAUUGAAUGUGGAAAGAGCUUCAUUAAAAGUGAAGCACUUAGAAUACACCAACGAACUCACACGGGGGGGGAACCAUUUGAACGUAUUGAAUGUGGAAAAAGCUUCAGUCAAAAUGGACACCUUAGGAAACAUCAACGAACUCACACGGGAAAAACCAUUUAAAUGUACUGAAUAUGGAAAGUGCUUCCAUCCAUAUAGACACCUUAUAAGACACCAACUAUCACAUGGGGAAGAAACCAUUUUAAUGUAUGGCAUGUGGAAGGAGAUUCAGCUACAGUAGAGCACUUAGAAUACACCAACUAACUCAUACAGGGGAGAAACCAUUGGAACGUAUUGAAUGUGGGAAGAGCUUCAGCAGGGAGGAUAAACUUACAUUACCCUGGCCAACUCCCACAGGGGAGAAGCUUAAGUCAAGAUGGAACCUUAGUAAACAUCCGCUGACUCACAUGGGGAAAACCAGAUUUAUGAAACGUGGAAAGAGCUUCAGAGGGAGUGAAGACCUUACUAUCCAUAAGAAAAUUCACACAGGCAGGAAACCAUAUAAAUGUAUGGAGUUUUCCACUCAGGUUUUACCAGAUUUCCUGGGAAGUGAAGAUUACUGUCAAGUCUCUGGAUGUACAGAAAAGAAUUUGGCAGUGUUUGUUUUCAAUAAUAAUAAUAGCAACAGCAACAAUAAUAACAACAAUAAUAUAAUUUAUACCACACCCAUCUGGCUCGAUUUUCCCCGCGGCACAGCCACUCUUGGUGGCUUCCAACAAAACACUGAAAUACAAUAGUCCUUCAGAUAUUAAAAGCUUCCCUAAACAGGGCAGCCUUCAGAUGUCUUUUAAA